UUGCCUGGAAAUAUAAAUCAACUUUUCAUACUCAGUUUAUUACUCGGCGAUUUAUGUGAUAUUUCGUGAUUGAGAUUCGAUUUCAGAAAAUUAGCGAUCGCUUUCGCCAAGUUUAUGGAGACAGCUAAAUUUUAUGUGCACAUAUGAAUCACAUUGAGCCACAAAUGGAGCAAAAACAGGAAGGUACAGACGGCGAGGUCCAUUCUUCGCCCAAAGAUCUGGAUAUACCAAGUAAAAAUAGGCAGGAAAGCGAUUGGGUAUCAGAGGAGUUACAUGCGGCAUCUUCUCUUUCCAAUGAGAACCUCAUUAUUAGUGAAAAUGUCGAAACAAACGAGGAAAGCUAUAACUCGGAUAAGAGCCUAACCUCGGCAUUUUCAUUCACUGUGGAGACGGAGCUCUUCAAUCCCAAAUUCAGUGUCGUAUCAAAGAGAGCUUCUGGCGAUGACAACCUAAAGUGCAAGCAGCGCACUAAAGUCCCCUUCGAGGUCGGACUCCUCCGGAUUCUGAAUGACCCGCAUUCCUGCUCCUUCAAGGUCUUUGUGGGCAAAUACAAGUUCCGCUGUCAUCUGCAAGUGCUUCAGACGCACUCCAAAUACUUCAUGAGUUACGAGGACGUGGACAGCCUGACUGCUCAGCUGCCAGUGGAAAAGGUGACCCCAAACGCGUUUCAUGCCAUCUACAACUGGAUGGCGUGCACCCAGGAGAAGCGCCUGAAGCUAAAGGGAAACUGCACCCUGGUGGACAUAUAUGCUGCAACCGAGUUCCUGAAAAUCGAUGAACUCGUGGAGUUCACAUUUUCCUGCCUAAAUGAAAAAAGAGUCACCGGAAUCGUGGCGUUUGGACUGUUCCUGGAGGCUCAGAGGUUCGAUAUUCCCAUGUUUCAGCUCCUGAUGCUUUCUCGCUGCGAGGAGGCCUUUCUGCCGCUGGUGGCCUCCAAGGAGUUCUUGGAGCUGGACAUCAAUUGGGUUGAAAAGCUCUUGAGCAGCAACCUUGUGGCAGUGAACAGCGAAAUUGAGAUAUUUAUGACUGCGGUCCGCUGGCUGAGUUAUGAUUGGUCUGUUCGGAAGACUCAUAUGGAUAAGUUAAUGGACUGUGUGCGUUUCUGCCUGCUUCCCCCGCUUUUCCUCAGAUAUAUGCACGCAGAACAAAGCUAUUUCGUACUGAACUUCAUUUGCCAGAGUCCCAAAAUCAGGGAGACAGUCGAUAAGGCCUUUGUGCACACCUCCUCCGAACUCUGCGAUCUGAGGCUACGCGUCGCCAGCGUGGCCAAGCAAUUCGAUCCGCCGGAGCAGAGGAAGUGGAUCCACGACGAGCACUGCUCGUACCACCGCAGUCCAGGGGGAAACCUGGGCCAGUUCUUCACCUACCCGCAGUUCCUCAACUACCUGGAGUCGCUCCACGGACCGCGGCCCGAUCAUGAGGCCCGGGUCAGCGAGGUCUUAGCCAAAAAUCUCCAAAAUCCUGGACCAUAAAAACGCAAUGUGAAAGCCAGAAGGAAGUGUGCCGCAACUUUUGGCCACUCGCCGCUCAAAUGAGGCAGCUCCAAAGCGCUGUAGACCUUAGUUUGCCAAGCGAUUAUAAUGCCUGUUUUCGGUUUCGGCCAACAAAGUCAACAGAGAUUUCGCAACCAGAGAGACAACAAGCCGCUUAGCGGGUUUACUUAACAAUGGAAGCGGCGCCGGCGGAUUAAAGUGGAGUGCCUUUAUAACUAAUUAGGUAAUAGUUGCGGGGGGAGCCAAUUCAUCAUUGCUAUUUCUGUCAAUCUCAGUACUUUCCACGGAGUUUGUAUCCUGCAUUGUAUUUUUAAAUACUUUUGUAACCCAUUUUGAGCGUGAUGAUAUAAAGAUAAAUUUCUUCAAA